UUGAGCAUCCUCAUAAAUCUGGCAUCUUUCUGGAGAUUCCAAGACAGCUUGUGGUGCUUAAAUCUUAAGUGAGCAAUAUCACGCUUUCUCUGAAUGAUCCUAUGGUAGUAUCCCUGUGGUAAUAUGAUCCCUCUUUCACAGGAUGUUUGGAAGAGUAACCCCUUGUUUGAAUCAGCCAAAUUUUCCUUUUUAUCUUUCCCGGGCUUCUUUAGUAUAAACCAAAAAAGGAAAAGAAGAUUCGGGGAUGGAAAAUAGAGAAUCAGCGAAUUGCAGUGAACCUUCAGCCUCUGCUGCUGGAAAUGAUGCGAAGCAGCGGUGUUGGGACCAAAGAGAAGCUCUACCAGGGGAACCGCGAUGUGUAAUCUGUGGUAGAUAUGGUGAAUACAUAUGUGAUGAGACUAAUGAUGAUAUUUGCAGCGUUGAAUGUAAGAGGAUUCUUCUUGAUCGGAUUGCAAAAUCGCAACCACUUGUUCCCCGCCCAUCUCCAGUUAAACUGCCAGCAACUGAUGAAUGUUAUUAUGUUCGAGAAGGUAAUGAUAAAUCUGAAGCUGGUUCUCUAUCUAGUGACCAAGUUGAACUGCUAAGGAGAAAACUUGAAAUUUCCAUCAGGGGAGACCUUGUUCCUGCACCAAUCCUGUCUUUUCCUUCGUGUAAUCUUCCUGAGAAGCUCCUUCAAAACUUGGAAGUUGCAGGAUUUGAAAUGCCAACUCCUGUCCAAAUGCAAGCAAUUCCAUCUGCAUUGAUUGGCCAAAACUUACUAGUUUCAGCUGAGACUGGUUCUGGCAAAAGUGGUUCUUUCCUGGUUCCGAUAGUUUCUUAUUGUGCAAAAUUUAAUGCUGACAAGCCUCAUGGUGAGAGAAAACCGUUGGCAAUGGUUCUUACACCAACUAGAGAGCUCUGCAUACAGGUUGAGGAACAAGCUAAGUUGCUUGGGAAAGGUUUGCCUUUUAAAACUGCAUUGGUGGUUGGUGGUGAUGCCAUGGCAGGGCAACUCUAUCGCAUCCAGCAGGGUAUUUCAUUGAUUGUUGGAACUCCAGGAAGACUAAUUGAUCUUCUAGCUAAGCAUGAUAUCGAAUUAGACAGUGUCUCAAUUCUUGUUCUUGAUGAAGUAGAUAGCAUGCUAGAAAGGGGAUUUCACGAGCAGGUAAUGCAGAUUUUUAGGGCUCUAUCUCAACCCCAAGUAUUGAUGUAUUCUGCAACAAUUCCGAAAGAUGUGCAGAAGAUGGCAAACUCAAUGGUGAAAGAUUUGACCAUAAUUGCAGUUGGAAAGCCAAAUAAACCAACUGGAGCUGUGAAGCAGGUGGUGAUAUGGGUGGAUUCAAAGCAGAAGAAGCAAAAACUUUUUGAUAUACUGACAAGCAAGCAACACUUUAAGCCACCAGUUGUGGUGUUUGUAAGUUCACGAAUUGGUGCGGAUCUCCUCUCUGAAGCAAUAGGAAUCACCACUGGAAUAAAAGCUGUAUCAAUUCAUGGAGAAAAAUCAAUGAAGGAACGAAGAGAGAUUUUGAAAUCAUUCUUGGUUGGAGAAGUCCUUGUGAUUGUGGCCACAGGGGUAUUGGGCCGAGGGAUUGAUCUCUUGCACGUGAAGCAAGUUAUAGUUUUUGACAUGCCAAAUUCCAUUAAGGAGUACGUCCACCAGAUUGGAAGGGCAUCUAGAUUGGGAGAGGAGGGUUCUGCCAUGGUAUUUGUAAAUGAGGAGAACAAAAACUUAUUUAGAGAUUUGGUUCAAAUCCUGAAAUCAUCUGGCGCAGCUGUUCCACGAGAGCUUGCGAAUUCACGUUAUACUUUUGGUUCUUCUACCAAUAAAGGCGAGAAGAAAAGGAAGUAUGGUUUUUGAAGCUGCUGUAGAGCAUAUGUAUAGAUUGAUCAAAGGACUACUGGUUCUUAUUGUUUCUGCUGAAGGGUAGAAGAUCAGAGAACUGAGUUGCCAGCCUGAUUUGAUUAUGGAAUGGCACUUUCUUGGCGAUAUUCCUUGGGAGAGUAGCCCUUUACAAUAUUAUCACUCUUUGAUUCUUUAAUGGUAAACAUGCACAAUUUUGGGCUCUGGAGAGUUUACAUAUUCAAGCUGUGACAAAGUCAAAAGUACUAGAUCCUCAGUAGAAAAGUUGUAAAUGCCGAACUCUACCCAAAGGAACUUUUUUUUUUUUUUGGCUUUCUUUGUACAAUACACUAGCACAAGUAAUGCAGCAUACAAAGGUUCAUAUUUCUAGUUGUCAUUUCCAACCAAUUUUUUUACCAUUCAAACCAUGUCAACCUGCAUCUUUUGAGGAAAAAAAACUGGAAAAUUAGUUAGUGCUAUGACAAUGUCAAAGCUUUCUUUGUUCUGUCUAUUUUUCUAGUGCAAAGGUGUGGCUACUA